UCCUCUCUGCUCUUCCGUCCUGUGUAUCUGUCCCAUCCCUUCGGUCUCUUCUCCCUCCUCUGCUCCUCUCCUGUCUUCUCCCCUCUUUUUCUCCUGUGUGUGUCAGGGUGGAAUGAACUUCUGAUCGCCUCCUUCUCCCACCGCUCCAUCGCUGUGAAGGACGGGGUCCUGCUAGCCAAUGAGCUACCGGACAACGCACACAGUGCAGGGGUGGCGGCCAUCUUUGACAGGGAGAGUGUGCAGAGUGCUGAGGUGGGAGCCAUAUUUGACCGGGUUCUCACUGAGCUGGUCAGUAAGAUGAGAGACAUGCAGAUGGACAAGACAGAGCUGGGCUGCCUCCGAGCCAUCGUCCUCUUCAACCCAGACGCUAAAGGUCUGUCCAACACCGGAGAGGUGGAGCUCCUGAGAGAGAAGGUCUAUGCGUCACUGGAAGCCUACUGCAAGCAGAAAUACCCAGAGCAGCAGGGAAGGUUCGCUAAGCUCCUCCUCAGGCUGCCAGCACUGCGUUCUAUUGGCUUGAAGUGUUUGGAGCACCUGUUCUUCUUCAAGCUGAUUGGUGACACCCCUAUCGACACGUUCCUCAUGGAAAUGCUUGAAGCACCUCAUCAGUUGGCAUAGAGGUGGUAGGAGAGGUGUUCUGUGGCCGGGGUUAGAUAGCUUGGGUCUGGGAAUUUGCUGGAGUGGGACUGCACUUUUAGUUCUUUGGGGAAUUCAGCAUUUUGUCUCACUGCUGUCUGGGUUAUGCUAUUUAGUUCACCACCACAUUGUCUCUUUCAGAACAUACAUCCCCAAGACUUGUGAUCUACAGGCUGGUGCUAUAUAUUAAUAUAACUUCUUGAAUAACUGAGAUUUAAAAAAUAAAAUAAAAAACUAUUUUUAAAAAAUUGGAACCUUUAGUUCCGUUGCUCUGGCUUAUCGAAGCUACAAUUUGGGUAUAUGUUUUUAUAUAACUAUGUUAAUGCUUUUUAGACAAACCCCAAAUGAUAAAGUUAAAUUCUGGUAAGUGAUCUCCCACCGUAACCUGUUUUUAAAAUGAAGGUAACCUGGAUGCAACCAGACUGUAAUUCUACCUUUUUAUCAUUUGUAAUUGGAUCAAAAUCUUAUUGAAAAACAUGUUUUAUUGUCAAAUCUUGGGAAAGUACAUUACUGUACCAAGCGAGCGCUCACUGCGUAACAUGUCUGACUUUCAGCUCCUAGUGGUUUUGUAUCCCUCAGAUGACCAGAAAGCAACACGUUAACAAUAAACCCGGGAUACAAAAGGAGUAGGUGAAUCACAGUGGAACACGGAGCAGGCUUGUAUUGACUGUGUUGACUAGCUUUAUUUGUCUAGUAAUAUGCUAUUAGCAUUGUUUCUCUUUGCUGUUUUGUAAAAUGUAAUCACCUUGCAGGCAAAAAGAUUGAGCUGCAUUGCACAUUUUUGCUAUGUACUAUUUCUACACCAUACAAUACAAGUCAUCAAAUGUCUGGCCAGCAAACAGUCUUUUGGUGCUAUACAACAGACAUUUGCCAUACUUCAUUGCAGCCAUACACCAAACUGCAAACAGGAAAAAUUAUGCAAAAAAAAAAGAACUAACUCAAAUGUUGUAAAUGUAGCAAAACAAAAUGAAUACAUAUGCUGUCUUUCUGCUUGUCAACUUGUCCGUUCUGGGGGCUUUACAAAGUCAAUCAUUCUGUUAGAAAGGGAAUACUCCAAUAUGUCAUUUAUCUAAACAAUUCUAAGGUACUGUGCAAAUAUUGUUCAGGGAAAAUACUAUAUAUUGAUAGGUUUGAAUAAUGAGAUCAGGAGACAGACAAAUUAUGUAAUAAUUGAUAUGUGCCCUUGCUAUUAGUUCACCAUUUGUAUAGAGCAGAUCAUGUCUUAGGUUGUACUGGAUUCCAUAAAGCACUGUUUAUACCUGGUUAUAACGUGCAUCCUUUGUUUUGAUCAUGUCAACAUUCUGAUUGUGCCCACAUUUUCAGACCGGUGUAGAUGAUUGAAAGAGGCAUUGUGAUCAUAUCUUCCUGCCCCCCCCCCCCCCCCGAAGGUAGUCAGGCACACAUUGUGUCUGGGUUUCUUACAAGUGUAGACAUAUGGACAGUGAAUUUAAAUCACAAUUAUAACACCUUCUAAAAUAUUGACAUUUAGCACCAUUGUCUAAUGGCAUCAAUAUGUGUCUUAAAAUAAAUAAAUAUCUAUUAUUUUGAAAGAAUAGCUCUCAAAUCAUUUGCAUACAGGGAGGGACCAGGAUCUGGCAGUGGAUAGAUACAAGACACAUUUUCACAUUUUUCUGAGAGUGUGGACAAGAUCAGGACAAAGGACUGGUGUUUGCACCAGGCAUAAACAAGGAUUUUGAAUCACAUUCAGCUGAAUCUCAUCUUUUUUUUUGUUGAAUUUUUCUGUGCUUUCUAUAGUAGUAGUUUUUCCUGUUUCCUUUUUUUGAGGUGGUUCAUCCUCUCCUCUCUCUGCUUACAGUUUAUAAAAAACACAAACCGUUAUCACGUUUAAAUAUCCAUAACACCUGUGGACAUAGACACAUUAAACAAGACCAAAUAGGAGUUUUGUAUGAUGAUCAUGUGUGAACACCUGAACAAGGGUAUUGGUAUGUGUCAUGAUCCUGUAUAAACUCUGGAGCAGUUUAGUGAUCCGUGUGGAGAAGUGGAUUACAGCUUGGGUAAUGUGGACUGAAAAUAAAGAGCUUGAACUUUU